UACAAGAAGAUCUUCGGCCCCCCAGCGUGAGUACAAUGGACCCUGGCAAGCCCUGCUCCCCGCCCGGGUCUCCAGCUCUCCACGUCUGCCCCUCCAGCUCACCCUCUCCCUUAGCUUUCCCCUCUCCCCACAACAAUUUGCAUCUUGCCGAUAGCCAGGCCCUCCCCACUAAUUUGCAUAUCUUAUAUGGCCUAAUGGUGGCGAUCAUGGCAAGUUAGAAGUUUUCUGACUCCUCUCGGAGGAGACUCCGGGACCCCGGGGAGUAACAGGUGUCUGGAGGUUGAAGGGUGGGGGGGGUUCCUGGACUUGGGGUUCGCUUUUGAGACUCCCCUCCACCCUCCUCUCUCGCACCCACCGACCCCCUCAUCCCCUUCUUUUUCUGUCCUUGGAAAAUGGUGUCCAAGCUCACGUCGCUCCAGCAAGAACUCCUGAGCGCCCUGCUGAGCUCCGGGGUCACCAAGGAGGUGCUGGUCCAGGCCUUGGAGGAGUUGCUACCAUCCCCGAGUUUCGGGGUGAAGCUGGAGACUCUGCCCCUGUCCCCCGGGAGCGCUGCCGAGCCCGACACCAAGCCGGUCUUCCAUACUCUCACCAACGGUCACGCCAAAGGUCGCUUGUCCGGGGACGAGGGCUCCGAGGACGGGGACGACUAUGACACCCCUCCCAUUCUCAAGGAGCUGCAGGCUCUCAACACCGAGGAGGCGGCGGAGCAGAGGGCGGAGGUGGACCGGAUGCUCAGCGAGGACCCUUGGAGGGCUGCCAAAAUGAUCAAGGGCUACAUGCAGCAACACAACAUCCCGCAGAGGGAGGUGGUCGAUGUCACCGGCCUGAACCAGUCACACCUCUCCCAGCAUCUCAACAAAGGCACCCCUAUGAAGACCCAGAAGCGUGCUGCCCUGUAUACCUGGUACGUCCGGAAGCAACGGGAGAUCCUCCGACAAUUCAACCAGACAGUCCAGAGUUCUGGAAAUAUGACAGAAAAAAGCAGUCAGGAUCAGCUGCUGUUUCUCUUUCCAGAGUUCAGUCAGCAGAGCCAGGGGCCUGGGCAGUCUGAUGACACCUGCUCUGAGCCCGCCAACAAGAAGAUGCGUCGCAACCGGUUCAAAUGGGGGCCCGCUUCCCAGCAAAUCUUGUACCAGGCCUACGACCGGCAAAAGAACCCCAGCAAGGAGGAAAGGGAGGCCUUGGUAGAGGAGUGCAACAGGGCAGAAUGUUUGCAGCGAGGUGUCUCCCCCUCCAAGGCCCAUGGCCUGGGCUCCAACCUGGUCACCGAAGUCCGUGUCUACAACUGGUUUGCAAACCGCAGGAAGGAGGAGGCGUUCCGGCAGAAGCUGGCCAUGGAUGCCUACAGCUCGAACCAGACGCACAGCCUGAACCCUUUGCUCUCCCACGGCUCCCCCCACCACCAGCCCAGCGCCUCUCCUCCAAACAAGCUGUCAGGAGUGCGCUACAGCCAGCAGGGAAACAAUGAGGUCACUUCCUCCUCAACAAUCAGUCACCAUGGCAGCAGUGCCAUGGUGACCAGCCAGUCGGUUUUACAGCAAGUCUCUCCAACCAGCCUGGACCCAGGCCACAAUCUCCUCUCACCUGAUGGUAAAAUGAUCUCAGUCUCAGGAGGUGGGUUGCCCCCCGUCAGCACCUUGACGAACAUCCACAGCCUGUCCCACCAUAAUCCCCAGCAAUCUCAAAACCUCAUCAUGACCCCCCUCUCUGGAGUCAUGGCCAUUGCACAAAGCCUCAACACGUCCCAAGCACAGAGCGUCCCCGUCAUCAACAGUGUGGCCGGCAGCCUGGCAGCCCUGCAGCCCGUCCAGUUCCCCCAGCAGCUGCACAGCCCUCACCAGCAGCCCCUCAUGCAGCAGAGCCCGGGCAGCCACAUGGCCCAGCAGCCCUUCAUGGCAGCUGUGACUCAGCUGCCGAACCCGCACAUGUACACACACAAGCAGGAACCCCCCCAGUAUUCCCACACCUCCCGGUUUCCAUCUGCGAUGGUGGUCACAGAUACCAGCAGCAUCAGUACGCUCACCAACAUGCCUUCCAGUAAACAGUGUCCUCUCCAAGCCUGGUGAUGCCCACCCAUCACUUACUUUGUGCACAGCAACAAGGACCCGAUUUUCCACACCAUCCCCCUCUGGGCAGCUGUCACAGGAAAGCCCACCGACCUGACAAACACCUGUGAGAGGUCCCUGCUUUCCUGACAUUCUGCUGACAGUCCACUCCAGGGAGGUGCAACCCGAAGCCCAGCUUCCCUUUUAUGCAGUAUUGUCACGAUGCCUCUCCCAACAUGUCAUGUGCUCCCAUCCACGCUGGAGGUGGGGGACAGGAAACCACGGAAGAGGAAGAGAGAAAGCUGUUUGCUUCUUCAUCGAACAAACUGAUGUGAAAACUUGAAUCUGUUACUGAAAGGAGGAGAGGAGGCUGCGUGCUAUUGAACUGAGCCAAACACACUGUAAAUAUCAGCAAACUCCCUCCCUGACCCCAUCCCAACUGAUCUUGAGAUUUCUUUUAAAGAAGCAAAUCUGUCCAAUAGAUGUAAACUAUAAACUACUGUAAUUAAGUGCAAUUUCCCCUCCACUUCCUCUCCUCUCUGCCCUGUAUAUAAUACAAAAGUGUCUAUUAGUUUCCUUUGCAAAGGUCAGAGUUGAAUUUUCAAAGUGAUUUGCCCCCUUUCUCUUUCCCCAUGGAGAAAUAUCCUAAGUUGGAAGUGAAGCCCUUUGCCCCCUCCCUCGGGUCUGGACACACACAGGGACUGUAUGUUUUUGACUGAUUACCAGCUAACUCUAAUCUCCUGUUGUUAAGACACACCUCUGGAUCCCUGGAGGGGCUGAACACAGUGUCAGAGUAACGUCUUGGCUUCUGGUGGGGCUAGGAGCUCAGCCAGUACACCCCCAAGACACCCCAAGGCAGGGAAACUCGCUGUUUGAUAGCACAAGAAAAAGUUGGCCUUUCAGAAAGCCUCCCAUUAAAACAAUUUAUUUUAUCACUG